AUGGUCGCCAAACUGACAAAGGUGUCCCAGCUGCCACAGCAUACAGCUGGCAUCUUUGCGGAUAUGUCUAUAGACGGUCCACCCAUAGGGACACUGGUUGCCAUUAUCGACCGGGCGAAAAACCUGCCCAAUAGGAAAACCAUGGGCAAGCAGAAUCCGUACUGUGCCGCGCGGCUGGGGAAGGAGGCAAAGAAGACGGAAACGGAUAUGCGGGGUGGCCAGAGGCCAAAGUGGGAUCAAGAGUUGCGGUUCACAGUGCACGAAUCGCCCGAUUACUAUCAAUUAAAAGUAUCCGUCUUCAACGACGAUAAGAAGACUGACCUGAUCGGUGAAACUACUAUCGAUCUCAAGAAUGUUGUGGUUCCAGGUGGUGGGCAGAAUGACCUCUGGCAUGGAUUGCAGUGCAAGGGGAAAUAUGCUGGGGAUAUCAGGAUCGAGUUGACCUACUAUGACACCCGACCUAAGGAUGAGGCGGUAAUCGAGCGGAGAAAGGAAGCGGAGAAAGUAGAGACAAGAGCAGAGACGGUACAGUCAGGACUCUCCGGUCCUCGCCAAGCAAAGCCCUCGAAACGAAGACCUCUGCCCGCGGAUCCCACCGGCUCGUCUCCUUCCCGUCCACCGUCGUCUGAUCGUGUUGUUCCUCCCCCUUCAGCUUUACGGGAGAACCAUUCUACACCUACUCGACAAACAAUACAAGAACCACCUCCCCAGUCAACGCCUCCUUCUCAAUCCCAGCGAGCCUACGAAACGCCCGAUGAUUUCCCAACUCCUAUCAAAAUUCCUCCCCUCGAGAAAUUCAAGAGCUGCCGGUCGAUCAGUACGGUCGUCGUUCCCAGCAUCCCAUCACUUCUCGAGAAAUGGCCUACCCCCAAGUACCAGAAUAUUCCCCACAAUACUCACCACCAGUCACUCGACCAUAGCCCGCUACAUAACAUAGGUCAAAAUGUCUACGACUAUCCCCUGGAGCCAACCCCAAUCCCUCCACCCCGAGACUGCUACCAGACCCCACCACGACAAACGACCUAUUCCAUGCAAACACCAGACCGCUACAAUACCUCCCCUUCCUACCCUCCACCAUCUCGAGGCUCUUCCUACGCAGCCACAGACUCACCACAAACACAGCAAUCCCCGGAGCCCCCAAUCAAUGCCAGCCCAAACGAUCGACGGAGCCACUACCACCGCUACAGCACCUCGCACGCCAACAACGAUGUCUUCCGCGACAGCCCGCUCCGUCAUUCCUUGAAUAACCCUGACUUCCCGCCGCGCCAUGAAUACAUGCAGCCGCACUUACAGAAUGAGGAGGAAGAGGGACCACCGCCCCCACCGCCUGUUCAUCGGCAGAUUUUCCACCCACAACAACAUUUACAACAACUUCCUACAUCAAUACCAGCGAAACCGCCACUGUCGUCGGCACCGGCAGACUACGGUCACAAUCAAAAUGCCUUGGGACCAAUACCCAUGCCGGAACCGCUGAGUAUAGGACCCGGGCGAACGUCGCCACUGCCCAUGCCUGUUGGUGAGCAAGGGCAGCAAUAUAUCGCGUACUCAUCAAGCUAUCACAGCCAGAAUCUGAGCUUCUCGUCGGUAGAUAGGGAGCCGGUAUCGGCGUAUUCAUCGUCUCCUACUCCUUCAUACAUGAAUGCACAUGCAAAUACAAAUGUAAACAGUUAUGCUCGAGACAGGAUGGCAGCAGCCCCCGUCCAAGAACAACCCGGCACGUCGGAUGGAGAUAUAAAAGUUAUGGCCAGUGUACCGUCAGCAUUAGUACCAGGAUAUAAAGCGGCUGUUCCUGAAGAAGCUGAGCGAAGCAUGAUAUAUCACAAUAACAGCUAUGUCUCACCACCCCCCCAGCCACAGCUGCACCAACAACCACCAUCCCCGCAGCCGCACCAACAACCACCAUCCCCACAACCGCAACCACAACCACAAACCCGUCCCCACCCCCAACCCUCCCGCACAUCCCCUCGCCCUCCGGAUCUCCGCUCCAUCCCCGCCCGCAAAUCUGUCUCUCCGCACCCCCACCAACCACCAGCACUACGCGACCCCACAAACCCAAGCCUACCCGGCGUCCCCUUUUCCCCUGACAGUUACAACGCCCUAAACCCCUCCGUCUCCACUGCCUUCACCACCAGCAUAUCUUCCUCCAUCCCAACAUACCAAGAAUCCGCCCUUGAAGCCGACCGCCAGCGCGAGGUGGAUAAACUCCGCGACCUGGGUCCGAUAAUCGGCGAUGACGGCCGCGUUAUUGAUCCUUCGGAUCAUUUGCCGACAGAUACGUGGGCGCCAGAGCCGGAGAGGAAGUUUGCUACUGUUUCGGGGAGUGGUGGAGCAGGGGUAGGGAAGAGGGCGGAGGUUGUGGUGCGGUUUAAGCAUGCUGGUCAGAGAGAUGGUGCUAGUGCUGGUAGUGGGGGGAGGGGGAGGGCGGUAUCUAUGAUUGGCGUUAAUGGUAGUGUUGGGGAAGGGAACCGGCAUACGCGCGCGAAGUUGCAGAAACGGGAGACGCUGCAGCCGGCACCAGUCAGUACCACUUCUAGGCCGCAGUCAUAUGUACACGUACAGCACAGCCAUGAUACCACACCAUCCCCGCGCGCCAACGGCAUCAUCACCAAUAAUAAUACCACCCCCCUCCGCUCCCAUGAUCCAUACGGCUACAACGGCACCCCCACCGCCUCUACCAGCACACACAGUCCUAACAUACGAACCUCCCCGUCCCCCUCCAGCUUCUAUAAACCUUCUCUAACCGGCCCGCCGAUCCCGGCGAAAGUCCCCGUGCAACCGUCUGCUUCGUACGGCGGUGGGGAGAUGGAUGCAUUUAGCGAGGAGUUGAGGAGGAUUGAUAUUGGGGUGGGAUCUGGUGGAUGUGUAGGUGGAGGUGGGAGGAGAGGGAGGGUGUCGUAUGUCGGGACGGGGGGGAGGGAGGGUUGA